GGUUUCGCACGGGAGCUCGCACGACAAUCGAUUUGGGCCCAAAAAUUAGGGCAAAACAGCUGCGUGUGAAAACAAACACGAAUCAUGGACACGACACAAGUUUGUCUGACCCUGUAAAAUGCAGGUUUUGCCCUGAGAACUCGCACCAAAUUCGGACGGAAGAGGAAGAAUGGCUGCUUCCCAUAGCUGGUACGGUGGCGACAACAUCGUGCACCUGAACGUCGGGGGCACCAGGUUCGACACGUCGAAGCAAACGCUGCUGUGCAUUCCCGACUCGUUCUUCACGGCCCUGCUGAGCGGCCGAAUCUCGUCGGUCAAGGACGAGAAGGGCUACAUCUUCAUCGACCGCGAUCCCAAGCUCUUCUCCAUCAUCCUGAAUUACCUGCGGACGCGCGACAUCGACGCCAACAACUGCGAUUUGCGCGCCCUGAGACAUGAGGCCGAGUACUACGGCCUGGGCCCUCUGGCCAAGAGACUCACCCUGUGCGAGGACCUCACCCUCUCCACCUGCGGCGACAUCCUCUUCUACGCCCACCUCUACCCCCCUUCUCCGCCUCUGCCCGAGAUUUCAAGGACGAGCGAGUCUUCGACCACCUCCUCGACUUCCUCCUCCUCUCGGCCGCAGAAUCGCGGCUCGGCGGACAGCUGCGUGCGGCCAGGGUCGAUCGUCCGGGUGCCGGAAAACAGUCCCGCCCUGCACGCCCCACCCAUGACGCACAGCUCGACCCACUCGAGGAAUUCGUCCCUCGAACUGAGAAUGCCGGCCCCGGCGCAGGCCGUCAGCCGCUCCAACCAGGACCUGCGCAACCACGCAAGGGUGUCCCACUCGCGGACGGCGUCGCUUGACCUCAGGCACACGAGAAACUCCUCCGCUGACCUCAACAAAAUGUUCAGGAAUGAUAUCGGUCUUGUUUUCGGACCGCAAGCUUCAGGGUGGUUUGAUCCUUUGAGAGUGCAGAUCAUCAAGGCCCACCACAACUGGAUUGCCGUUGCCUACGCCCACUUUGUCACCUGCUACAGGUUGAAGGACUCGAGUGGGUGGCAACACUGCUUCACGAGCCCUCACAUUGACAGCUGCAUCGAGCGCAUCGCCAUCAACGCCAAAAUGGGACAGGGUGGCCAAGAGUCGACCUCCAAGAUGGUGGCCAUCUCUUACGGAAACCAGGUCAGGCUGUGGGGAGUGGGCGAAGACGGCUCCAAGACCGACAUUGGCACUUUUAAUUUGUCUGUUCGGGUGGAAUUUUUGUUCUUCAUCGGAAGCCAGCUGGUGGCGUUGUCGCCGACCGGGAAAAUCGGCGUGUGGCACGCCAUGACCCAGCACUGGCAGAUCCAGGACGUGGUGCCCAUCACGUCCUUUGACACGGCAGGCUCCUUUUUGCUGCUCGGAUGCGACAACGGUGCUAUUUACUACAUAGACAUGCAGAAGUUUCCUCUGAGGAUGAAGGACAAUGACCUGCUGGUCACCGAGCUGUACCGUGAUCCGACCAGCGACCCCAUCACGGCUAUCUCGGUCUACCUGACUCCGAAAACAAGUAGUUUGUGCGGAAACUGGAUCGAGAUUGCGUACGGGACGAGCGCGGGCACCGUCCGGGUCAUUGUGCAGCACCCGGAGACGGUCGGACACGGCCCUCAACUCUUCCAAACCUUCACCGUCCACCAAAGUCCGGUCACGAAGGUGACGUUGUCGGAGAAAUUCCUGGUGUCCGUGUGCAGCGAGUACAACCAUGUGCGGACGUGGGGCGUGACUCGGUUCCGAGGGAUGAUUUCCACCCAGCCCGGAUCAAUGCCGGUGUCGUCUUUCAAAAUCAUUUCUCUGGAGGAGGUCGAACCGAAUGUGAGCUACAUCGCUGGAAAUGACAUUGGUCCUUACGGAGAGCAAGACGACGAGCAAGUUUUUGUCCAGAAAGUUGUCUCGGAGACGGACAAGCUCUUUGUCCGUUACGCCUCCACUGGGAAAAGAGUUUGUGUGAUUCGUUCUGUGGACAACACGAUUAUCACCUCGUUCUGCGUGCAUGAAUGUGAGGGUUCGAGCAGAAUGGGUUCCCGGCCGCGCCGCUUCAUCUUCACCGGACACAGCAACGGCACCAUCCAAAUGUGGGACUUGACCACAGCCCUUGACAUCGCAGCUAAAGGGGACCAACCUCCGAUAGUGGGAGGACCGACGCCGGCAGAGCUUUUGCGCCUCUUGGACCAGUGGGACUUGAGCAACAGCCACUGCUCGACGCCGUGCAUGUCCCCGGCCGCGGUCGCCACCCACUCGGCCGCCUCCAGGAUCAAGGCGGCCAACGUGGCUUUUUUGAACCAGCAGCAGAACGACUCGGCCGGCAGCAGCGGCGGCGACUCGUCCGACGGCAAAUAAUUCUUUUUGUUUCAAAGCAUAGAUUUUGCUGCACCCGGUGGCUAGGCUUUGCUUCUCAACCCUCUCUUCACCUGUUGGGAAAUCUGUUUAAAUGAGCAUUAUGUGAUACAAGCUAAAUAGAUAAUAAAAGAUAUUUAAUCCACACAUUAUACUUAAAACCAGGUAUAGAAUUGUAAGACCUAAAUCAUGUUUAUUUAUAUUUGAUUUUGUUACUUUGCAAUUAAAUUUUGUUUACGAAACCAGAA